AUGCCAGAUCACGUCGCAGCUCCCACACAAUCUCACACCAACAUCGACAACCUGCCAGCUGAGACCGUCAGCUUUGCACAUCGGAUGUUUGACGCUGCGCGGGAGGGAAACACAGAGCUCCUUCUCCAAGCCGUCGACGCGGGCUUGCCAGUCAACCUGACAAACGACAAAGGAAACACGUUAUUGAUGCUCGCGGCAUAUGCAGGCCAUGCGGAAUUGACCAAAGGACUUCUGCAACGGAAAGCAGAUCCAAACAGGCUCAACGAUCUUGGUCAAUCUAUGAUCGCUGGUGCUGUGUUUAAGUCGCACGAUGAGGUUGUGCGUGUUCUGGUCGAAGCUGGCGCAGAUCCGAGAAUAGGUAAACCCACCGCAAUAGAGGCAGCUCAUAUAUUCGGUCGGAAGGAGUUGAUGGAAGUACUGGGUGCAAAGCAGGGUGACAUCGGCGCUAAUGUGCCCACUCCUCUUAGUGCACGUCCCGAGAAGUGA